CUCUACGUGGUAGCUGAUCACCUUCUGAAAAUCCAAAUAUUUACAUUCUGCUUCCCCUUUAUCUCUCGAAAUAAUUAUUACAGGUAUGAUUUCCCAUUCAUAAAGCCAUUGCUGACUGUGCUUGAUUAUAUGUAUUUCUAAAUGGUCUAUUGCACUAAUGGGCUGUUGCAUAUUCCCAUUGAAAAGCAUUAAGCUAACUGGCCUAAAGUUAACAUUCUUUUUGGUCUCCCACCUUAAAAUAAAAGUGUCAUUUUGGCAAAAAAAAAUCCCAAAAAAACUGCAGGUGCUGGAAAUCAGAAAGAAAAUUCUCCCUUCAGAAGGGUCACAUGACCCAAAACAUUAACUCUGCUUUUUUCCACAGAUGCUGCCAGAUCUGUUUUUCUUUUUUUCCAACAGUUUGCAUGUUUAUUGGCAGUUUUCCAAUCUUAUGGAACUUUUCCGCAAUCAAAUGAUUCUUGGACGAUUACAAGUGUAUCCACUAUCCCUGUCAGCCUCAUUUAUUUCCUUAGUACUUUUUCUCUAGUGAUUGCUUUAUUUCUUCUCCUUUUACCUCACUUGAUUAUUUAGUAAUAUUGGACGAUAAUUUGAAGAUAAUUUGGUUCAAUCCCUACUCUUCCUGAGAAAUAUUUCUGCAGAUAAAUUAACGAGUCUUUACAUCAGGAACUGGGGCUGUGGUCAACAAGCCAAUGCUUGUGUACAUAUGAGCCUUACCCCAUUGCUCUAAUCCACUAUGUUCUCGUCACAGUGUCAGCUUCUCAGCAUCAACUCCCACCCACGGUACAAACAAUCCUUUUGGUUCUUCAUUCCUACUUGAUGCUUUCUUUUCCAUUAUAAAGUUAUUCGUGAUCAAGUAUAAAUUCUGUGUCUGGCAAUCUUAUACUCCACAACCACCUGAUGAAGGAGCGGUGCUCCGAAAGCUAGUGCUUCCAAUUAAACCUGUUGGACUAUAACCGGGUGUUGUGUGAUUUUUAACUAAGUACCUGCGCGACAGUGGUCGUGCCUUGUCUAAGCAUUUCUAUAUUGAAGUUUCCUUUAUCGCUUAUUGUUUCGUCCCCCAGCUGGUAUGCCAUUAUUCAUUUUGUGGAAAUUUCACCGGCAUUUUGAUUUUGUUUGUGGAGGAUAAAACGGUGCCGCAUUGAGCGCUCAGACGGUGAUCGCCUCAUCUUCGGCGGAGUUGUGUUUUUUUUCGCGAUGAUCGUUAUCAGCGAGGCAGAGGUUAUGGUCUCUGAAACAAAAAGAUGGCAAGAAUGAACGGUCUGCGUGUUACAGUUCUAAUAAAGACUUUUAAUCACCGACAAAUCGUAUUUUAGGCCCAGGGCUCGCUCCCGCCCGUUUUACGACCGGUCCGUCUGACGUCACAGCCGAGGGGGUGUCAUGGCGACGGGCGGCGCCAUUAUCGUCAGCAGCUCGCUUCAGGUGGGGGUGAUGGUCCCUGUCAGCACCCAACACAUCAUCCAGCUUCGGCUGCUGCUAUCUCCAGGGCAAUUGGCUUCCCACAGCACGGCUAAUGUAACGGGGCGAAGGGUGGGUUUUAAACUCUGCGGUCACAGGAGGUGCCAGGCUCCACACGUGCUCCCCGCACUCAGGGACGAUGAUAGGUGCUGAGGCCUCACUUCACUUACAGCACUGGGGUACACAUGGGACGGUACAAUCACCCACCAAUAAUAAACAAGUCAGCGACAUUAAACUGUGUUGCGAGUCUGCUUAUCAACCGUCAACUCUGAUGAAGAGUUAUCUAGAUUCGAAACGUAUUGCUUAUAUUAUAAUGGAGAUCGAAGAUUUCUGUGAUAAUUCUCGAGAGAUAAAGCUGAUGGAACAAAUUGAACAAUUUGUCCAUAUUCAUCGCAACAGUUUUCUGCUUUUGGCUGCUGCCCUUUAUGGUGCGAAAGAAUGGGAAAUAUUAUUUAAAAUUCAACAAAGGUUUUUAGGUAGUAAUCUAAAAAUCAUACCUGCACACAAUUCUGGUGAUAUGGUCAAGAGUAUGCUUACUAUAGCCAAGGUUACAUGUAAACCACACGUGGACAGUGUUCGUGACCGCAUCGCCAUGAUCAGAGCUCAGAUCAUAGAACAUAGUCCGGUGUGGGAGAUGCUUCACAAACAACAGCUGAAUGAUGCAAAGUGAUCAAUUAUGAAUAAGAUGUUGUUGUUACAGCAUGGUACUUUGUGCUCUGUAAAACUAUUUAGAACUAUUUUCAGUGAAAUAACUUUUCAAUUUAUAAAUGUGUUUGUUAUUAAUGAUUUAUUUGAAAAUUGGCAAUAAAAUUUUAUGGACAUAGCAGUUUCAAAAAUCUCAAAUUUAGUAAUUUAGAGUACUCUCCAACCAGUUGAAACACUAUAAUUUAAACAAGUGAUAUAACAGGCUGAAUCUGCUUUUAGUAAAUGCGAGGUGAGAGUUUUUUUGGAGACAUUUUUUGCAUGAGGACUAUAGCAAGAUUUAUUGUCAUAUCUUAUCAGUUGUGCUUCAUUAACUACCUAUCCCACCCUAUGCCAUCCCUCACAUCCAAUUCUAUCCCCAUCUUACCACAGAUUAUUCCAAGAACAACUUGACACUCACUGAAUGUCAUCCCAAAGACCAGUAGCCCUUGUGCCCAUGCCAAUUUUAAAAAGCCCAUUAUGAACCUGGACAAGAAUCGUCAGGGCAAAGCUGCCUUGCACAGUUCCUGGUUAGAGAUGAAAAAAAAUGCAGAUGCUAGAUUCCAAGGUGGACAUGGAGGAGACUGGAAGAACACAGCAAGCAAGACAGCGU